AUGACAGCAAAGACACUUCUUCAAAAAAUGUGCAAAAAUUCAGUUGGAUGGGAUGAAGAGAUUACAGGAAGUCAACUAAAGGACUGGAAAAAUUGGCUGACACAAGCAAAAGAACUUGAAAAUGUGACACUUAAAAGAUGCUACAAACCACAGGACUUCGGGAAGACGACAUGUCAGGAGUUGCACUGUUUUGCCGAUGCAAGUGAAGUUGGAAUUGGAGUUGUGAUAUAUCUACGACUCGUCAGUGAAACUGGAAAAAUUCACUGUUCCUUCGUUCUUGGGAAAUCGCGGGUGGCACCAUUAAAAACAGUGACAAUACCGAGACUUGAGUUGACGGCAUCAACCUUAGCAGUGAAAUUAUGCAAGAUAGUCACAAAACAGUUGGAUUACCAAAUUGAUCAAGUUUACUUCUGGACAGGUAGCAUGUCAGUUCUUCGUUAUAUAAAGAACACGAAAACUCGCUUUCACACAUUUGUCGCAAAUAGGCUUGCCAUUAUUCAUGCAGCAACUACAAUCAACCGGUGGCACUAUGUCACCUCGAAAUUAAAUCCAGCAGACUGUGCAUCAAGGGGAAUACUAGUAGUGAGUAGAUUUCUAGAUUCAGCAUCAUGGUUCAGCGGCCCUGAGUUUUUAUGGAAACCAGAUGUUUCAUGGCCAUCUACUGAAAUCGCUAGUGACUUGUUAGAAAUUGACAGUGCUGAAAUUAAGGAGAGUGUCAACACAGCAGUUGAGACAGAAACAGUGGAAGGAAUGGAAAGAUUACUCCAGCACUUCUCUUCAUGGAAGAAGCUGAAAACAGUGACUGGAUGGCUACUCUUAGCACGAGAAAACCUCAAAAUAAUAGCAGAGAGGAAAAGUGAACAGAGAUCAAGAAUGGUAUCAGAGGGAUUUACAGAAGAGAAUAUACAAGAAUUGGAAAUGAAGGAGAAGCAUGACAGAUUGAAAAAUGCUAAACAAACUGAAAGACCUUCAUUAAAUGCAGACAUUCUUGACAAAGCAGAAACAAACAUUUUGAAGUAUGUGCAGAUGAAGUAUUUUGCCCAAGAAUUUAAAGACUUGAAUUCAAGUGAAAAUGGAUUUGUGAAAAGGUCAUCAAAACUAGCCAAGUUAGACCCAAUUGUUCAUAAUGGAGUUCUACGUGUAGGCGGUAGACUUAAGAAACUAGAUACAACUCUAAACAGUAAACAUCAAAUAAUUAUUCCUAAAGAGUCUGUAUUAGCCAGAUUGAUAGCAGAGGAAGCACAUAAAUCUAUGCGUUAUAUGCAGAAAAUAUCAGGCACCUGCUUUGGACAAACAAAAAUGGCGGACCUUCCCAGCGAGAGACUAAAAGCUGAUGACCCCCCUUUUACUCGAGUGGGCAUGGAUUAUUUUGGUCCGUUUGAGCUUAAAAGAGGAAGAAGCAUAGUAAAACGAUACGGUGUCAUAUUUACUUGCCUAUCUUCUCGAGCUGUACAUUUAGAGGUUGCCUUUUUCCUUGGAUAUCCGACUCCUGUAUUGACGCCAUUCGAAGGCUUAUUGCACGACGAGGAAAACCAACUUACCACUGCUGAUAAUGGAACAAAUCUCGUAGCAGAACGUGAGCUAAGAACAGCACUGAAUUCCUGGAAUACGAACAGAAUGGACCUGCAAUUUCAGUCAGGAAUUGAAUGGAGCUUUAAUCCACCAGCUGCGUCUCACUUCGGAGGAGUAUGGGAACGCCUCAUUAGGAUAAGACAGAAGUGGCUGAAGCAGGAAAGAAACUUACAAGAAGGUGAUUUAGUUCUCAUCGUGGAAAACACUCCAAGAAACACAUGGAAUCUCGGCAGAGUGCUAGAAGUGAUAAAGGACAAGUAUGAUGUUGUGCGCGUUGCAAGGAUAAAGACAGUGUCUUCCAUUCUCACGCGACCAGUCACAAAGCUUUGUCUUCUUUUGGAAACAGAUUGUGAAAAAGAGAAAACAAAUCAGUGA